CAAUAUUUCAAAGUCUAAAGUCUAAACUGAUUACGAGGUAGAAAAAAUCAAAAAUGUUUACAUUCGUUUAAAGUAACAUCGAAAUUAUUCUAUUUCACUUUGUGCCAUCUCAUUAAGCUGUAAGAAAACAUGAAUUUCAUUAAAACAUUAAUCAGAAACCGAGGAACUUUACGUUUUUUCACCUCCUCAAAUACCCGUAAUAUUUGCGAACUCCAUCCGUGUAUUCGCCUAGUCAAGAAAGAUACUCAUAAUGCUCAUAGAAAAGAGCUUCUAUACAGCUUCACUGUCGCUUUUUCGCUCACCAAAUUAUACGAAAUCGUGGGCUUGGACGAGAACAAAGAAAUCAAAAAAAUGGUACAGAAAGCGAAACACCAUUUGGGAGACGGAGAAAUCGACGAAGCUUGCCAAGUAUUUAAUAAAGCAUUGCUCGCUGCCGUUGCAUCGCACGAUGAAGAACACGAAUUUAUGAUCAAGGAGCAUUUAGCAAAAGUGUCUUUCUUCUUGAAGAAAUACGAAGAUGCGGAAAAACUAUUCGUCGAAGUUAGAAAUCACUUCAUCUCGAAAGGCUUACAAUUGGAUGAUUUGAAAAUGGCUUACGUGAACUUGAAGCUCGCCGAAUUAUACGGCUUCAUGAAGGAUGAAACAAAAGCUCACGAAUACUAUAAAUACUGUACGAAAGGAUUGAAGAAAAAGAUCACCGUCGCUCUACAAAACAGAGACGACGAAGUUAUUUCUUUAUGGAUAAUGUCCUUAACAUCCAGAGCUCAUUUUUCCACAAAUCGUGGUAGUUUUGACAAAGCGUAUAAAUAUUUCAAGAAAGCCUACGACGCUUGCCUGCUUAUACACGGAGAACUUAGUGAACACGCUGUGACGCUUUUACAACGUAUGGGUGUUGUAUGUUUUCAAAUCGGUAAUCUCGAAUCAGCUGUCGAAUAUUUGAAAAAAGCUACCGAAUUAGGCAAACAUUUGCCUGGUAUGGAGAAAUUAUCCAACGCUCAUAUUACAUUGGGUAAUAUUUACAUUAAACAGGGAUUUCUCAAAGAUGCGACUGCUAUGUGCACCGAAGGAUAUAAAAACGCAGUUCGUCAUAAAUACGAACAAGGUAUCCAAGAAGCUAACGCUUGCUUAGAAGAAUUGAAACGGGCUACUUCAUGAACGAAAAUCAAUUUUUCAUUAUUGCUUAUCUGAAAUGGAAAAAUUUCAUGUUACCGUUUUUUUUUCUGUUUUUUUUUUCGUUUUGUUUUUUUUACAUCUUUUUUCCAUUGUUGUUUAAAAUAAUGUAAUUUGUGUUCGUUUAUCGUUGAAAAUUGAAACGCAUGUUGCCAGGAAUCGAGUCCUGUUUUUAAUCUAAUUUUAAGCGCUUAUUUUUAAAAUUAAUAUUUUUUUCUCUUCGUAUCAAAGUUUUCUUACCUAAGUACUUAAUAUUGUCUACUUAAAUUUUUUUAAUUUACUUUACUUAUUUUAUAAAUAAUUAAUCAUGGCUAGUUUUCAGCGUAAUAUUAUUUUUACACGAUGAAUAUCUAACACUAUAUACAGUCAGUAUUAUUUGACCUCAAGCUCAAGUUACCUAUUGUUUUCAAUAUUUUACGAAAAAUUGAAUUUUUGCUUGGGAAGGGGGGAGGGAGGGGAGUAAAAUCUUAAACGUGUAGAGAUAAUAAAAAAUUCCUUGGCAUUUUUUUUUGAAUGCUUCAUUGAAAUAAUUUUUUUGUUCUCAUUUUGACAAUACAAGUAAUUGUCUCUUGUCUCGGAUCUCUUAGUUCGUUAUAUUUUUAUGCAAUUGGUAUUAACCCGAAUUCGAAACCAGACAAGUAACCUAAUUCUAAAUCUUCAGUUCAAAUAAUGAUACAGAAAAGUGAGAAAUGCAUGAGAUGAUAAUUUCAACAUCGUAAUUCUUACGCACUUGAAUUUUACUUGUGAUAUCUAAUUCAUUAAAAAAAAAAAAAAAAAAAACAGUACAAUUUUUCCGAAAUUUCAAUUCACGCUUCUUAUACGUAUUUUAAGUUCCUCAAGAUUAAAAUUAGCUCUAAAAACUUGUACGUACUUAUCCAAUUACUUAAAUAAUAAUAACUACGUGUACUUAUGUAAUUUAAUUUUUUUGUUAUUUAAUACAAUUUUUCCAAAAAAUAA